GACUGUCUUUGGGAGGAAAAAAAAAGUUAACUUUCACCUGUUUGAUAGCUAGCUUCGCUUUUUAAGCCACUUCCGCGUGUCAAGCCAGCGACUUCCUAUGCGACAACAGCGACAACUCAACAUCAGUGAUUGAGAAUAUGGACAGAAUGAAUGUGCCCCCUGUGGGCCCCAUGGACCUCCCUCUGUCCCUGCUGGAGAUGGGAUGCUCUGGCAGGUUUGAAGUCAUCACACAUCCUUCACCCGGCCUGCCUUUCCCUCCACAGACUACACUCCCCAAUGGUCUUCCCCCCACCAGCCUGAGUCUGGAGGCUGAAGUAAAGAAACAGUUUUUACAGGACCCAGCCUGGCUUCCUUUACACGACACAGACUUUGCCUUCAAGAGGUUUCUCAAAGUGACAGAGAGAACCAUGAACAUCGACUCCCUUCUCAACUGCACUCAGUCUCCGCUCCAUUCUGGCCUGUCUGUCGUCAGAGAUCCAACUACAGGGAUGUUGCUGGAUUUCACAGAGGUUUUAUUGGAGAACACUGGCCUUUCGGCGAAGAACUCUCUGUCAUUACAGCGCAAACCCGGACCUCCUUCAGAGAGCCUGAGAGGUAGCAACACAAACUAUCCCUUCCUGCCUGGGGGUAUGGAGGAACUUACUCUGGACCAAAUCAAGAACAAAUCUGAACUGGAGCAGGAAAUAGACUUUGAAAAUGAUUUGCUCAGAAUUCCACCUGGUUUUAAAGCUGGAAUGGACUUCACUGAUAAAGAAGCGAAAAUAGCGAAGCCAGAGGUCAACCUCAUGUCGCUGCUGUCGGCUUCUGAUGAUGUCACUGACUUGGUGGCUGAUGGAAGCGGGAAGGUGGAAGACCAAGGACCCGAGGAGGCUAAAAAACUACCAAGAACAAACAGCCUCGACGACCUGGGCAUCCAAGAGGCUGUGUCAUCCUCCUCACGCUCCAACAAGGGAAAAGAUGUGAACUCAAAGCAGAAUGAGAAGCCAGAAGAAAAUAAGAAAUGGGCCGUUCCUGUGGACAUAAGUUCACCUUGCGAGGAUUUCUACAAACGCAUUCCCCAUCCAGCUUUCAAGUGGCCGUUUGAGCUAGACGUAUUCCAGAAACAAGCCAUAUUGCGACUGGAGGCCCACGAAUCUGUGUUUGUGGCCGCGCACACGUCCGCUGGCAAGACCGUGGUGGCCGAAUAUGCCAUCGCCCUUUCCCAGAAACACAUGACAAGGACCAUCUACACUUCCCCAAUCAAGGCCUUGUCCAAUCAGAAGUUCAGAGACUUCAAGACCACGUUUGGGGAUGUGGGUCUCCUGACAGGUGACGUCCAAAUCAGUCCAGAGUCUUCCUGUCUCAUCAUGACCACUGAGAUCCUCAGGUCUAUGCUGUACAACGGUUCUGAGGUCAUCAGAGACUUGGAGUGGGUCAUAUUUGACGAGGUCCACUACAUUAAUGACGCAGAGAGAGGGGUUGUGUGGGAGGAGGUUCUGAUCAUGCUUCCCGAUCAUGUCAGCAUCAUUCUCUUGAGCGCCACGGUGCCAAACGCUCUGGAGUUUAGCGAGUGGAUUGGCCGCAUUAAGAAGAGGCAUAUUUACGUGAUCAGCACAUUGAAGAGGCCUGUGCCUUUGGAGCAUUAUUUGUACACUGGAAAUAACACAAAGACCCAAAAGGAGAUGUUCCUGCUGGUGGAUGCUGCAGGAAACUUCCUCACUAAAGGGUACUACGCAGCUGUGGAUGCCAAAAAGGAACGCACCAGCAAAUAUGCCCAGUCUUUUGGCACAAAAAACACACCUCAGAACACCUCCGCUAGUCAGGACCGAGCGGUGUGGCUCACCCUCUUGCACUUCCUGUCCCAGCGGCAGCAGACUCCUGUGGUGGGCUUCACGUUCUCCCGCACACGCUGUGACGAGAACGCCCGCUCGCUGGACUCCAUGGACUUGACCACAUCCAUAGAGAAGGCCGAGAUCCACUCAUUCUUCCAAAAGAGCCUGAGUCGCCUCCGAGGAGGCGAUAGACAGCUUCCACAGAUUGUGCUCAUGAGAGACCUAUUGAAGAGAGGAGUGGCUGUCCAUCAUAGUGGAAUCCUGCCCAUACUCAAGGAGGUCAUUGAGAUGCUCUUCUCGAGAGGUCUUGUAAAGGUGCUGUUUGCGACGGAGACGUUUGCAAUGGGAGUGAACAUGCCUGCCAGGACUGUGGUGUUCGACAGCAUCCGGAAACAUGACGGAACCGGCUUUAGAAAUCUGCUGCCUGGUGAAUAUAUUCAGAUGGCGGGCAGAGCAGGCAGAAGAGGUCUGGACGCAACAGGCACCGUCAUCAUCCUCUGCAAAGCCGGCGUUCACGAGAUGUCUGAUCUGCAUGUCAUGAUGCUGGGUAAGCCCACCACCCUCCACUCACAGUUCAGACUGACUUACACCAUGAUACUCAACCUGUUGCGAGUUGAGGCUCUCCAUGUGACGGACAUGAUGAGGAGGAGCUUCUCUGAAAGCCACAGAGACACUCAGGCUCAAGAGCAGAGGAUCACACAGCUGAAGAAAGCAUUGGCCACGCUACCUCCUCUGGCUCACGAGGGCCAGCUGUCUGAUCUGUUGCCGUACUACCACACUGUGACAGAGCUACGAACUACGAGAGACAUCCUCCAGCAUGCUAUUCUGGAGUCGGUCAAUGGGCUGAAAGCUCUGUCUGUCGGCCGAGUUGUUCUGGUGAACAACAAACAGCAUCUCAACGCUCUGGGAGUUAUCCUGCAGGUGUCCAAUGAUGCAGUGAAUCGCACCUUCACAGCGCUCAUUAUGUGUGAGAAAGGCAACGAGGAGUGGGAAGGAAACGACGGUGACAGCCGAGCGUUUCCUCACCUCUACAACACUGCACUCUUCAUCCCUGAAGGUCCAUGCAGCCACACGGUGCAGAAGCUAAAGCUACAGGACAUCACUGCCAUCACAGUGAAGACCCUGAAAGUGAUUCCUGACAGAAUCAUUGACAACUAUCAUAAGAGACAACAGCCCAGAUUCAGAAAUGAACCUCCUGGCCAGGCCAUCUCCACAGCCACCCAGGAGCUCUUGCGAAUGGCUGAGGCAAACCCCGGCGGCAUCGGCGCCCUCGACGCGGUGAACGACCUCCAGCUGAAGAGCGUCGACGUGGUCGAGGCAUCCCUGCGCCUCCGCGUGUUGCAGGACAGCCUGAAGGAUUUCAACUGCAUCCACUCACCGACUUUCGUAGAGCAGUUUGCACAGGUUAAGGAGAGGAUGAGUGUGCAGGAGGAGCUCGACAAGCUGCUCUUUUUGGUGUCUGACCAGUCACUGUCUCUGCUGCCUGAGUACCACCAGAGGAUCAAGGUACUGCAGUCUCUCCAGUACAUAGACAGCAGCGGCGCGGUGCAGCUCAAAGGCCGAGUGGCAUGUCAGAUCAGCAGCCACGAGCUGCUGCUCACCGAGCUGCUGUUCGAGAACGUGCUGAGCCCUCUGGCGCCUGAGGAGAGCGCCGCCCUGCUGUCCUGUUUGGUCUUCACACAGAAAACGCAAGUGGAGCCACACAUUACCAACACACUUCAAGAGGGCAUUGAUCGGGUGUUAUCGGUAGCUCAGCGUAUCGGAGAGCUCCAGAGGGAUUGUGGGUUGCCACAGACUGCAGAAGAAUUUGUGGGCCAGUUGAAGUUUGGCCUGACAGAGGUGGUCUACUGCUGGGCUAGAGGCAUGCCCUUCGCAGAGAUCGCCCAGCUGACAGACGUCCAGGAAGGCACGGUGGUCCGCUGCAUCCAACGUCUGGACGAGGUCCUGAAGGAGGUGCGGCAGGCCGCACGCAUCGUGGGUGACUCCGUGUUGGGGAGCAAGAUGGAGAAGGCCUCCCUCGCUAUCAGGAGGGACAUCGUCUUUACCGCUUCCCUCUACACCCACUGAGAGAUGGGAGAUGGGUACUUACAAAGCAAACAGUUCAUUUCAGCUCAACACGGUGGUGCAUUUUUUUUAAUGGUAAAUCCUGAUCUGGCUUGUGUCGUGUGUAGGGUUGAGCAUCGUUUGAAUUUGAAUGAUCCUGGCUCCCGUUCGGAUUCCUCGUUUCGAUUCCGGUUCCUAACUAUUCUCAAUCUCGAUGCUUUUAAAAGGCUUUUAAAAGGCAGGGUCAUAAAAGUUUGCAUGGUUUAAAAGAGGGCACUAACCAGAGUUCUUUUUGGAUGAACUUCUCAUAAUCUGAACUUUUUAUCAGCUGUACUAUUUCUGACAGGACUACUCAACCAGUAUAUAAAUAUCAAACCCUUCAAUUUGCAUAUAAAUGUUAUGAAGUUUUCUUUUUUACAGGACUACACUUUUACAAAGAUGUUUACUUUGGAAUAGUAGUAUACUUUGUGUGCUGCCUCAAAGGGCUCUUAUUUUGUUAACACAACAACACAAUAUUGCCCAAAGCGCUCUUAUUUUGAAGGCUGGAAGUGUGUUGUGUGAGUUGAGAAGAUUCCUUGAUGGUUCCUAACAGAGACGGCCUGUGCAAUGAUAAACUUGGCUAGCCGUAGCUCCUUUAUUUACUUUAUUAUCCUUUAUUUAUACCGAACUUCCACAACAGCCUGCAUCCUGAAACUCUCGAUUACACCGACAUGAGACGAGACGUCAUUUACUCUUUAACUUCCCUGAUUCUGACUGCUCAGAGGAAGUCCGACGUAGCACAUGAAAGACGAAGUACUCUGUUAUUUCUACACCAUGAAUUUGUGAACAUUAACCAUGUUGGUUGUGCACCCUCCUCCGCAUGAUAUCAUUGUGUUGCAAAUGUUGCGCUGAGACGACCGCUCUUUUUUUUUUUUUUUUUUAAUGAAGUUAAGCCAAGCUUUUUAGCCGCGUCUUCUUCGCUGGUGCUCGCCGGCUUCUUCUUCAUGGGUGUUUGCGGCUAUCUUGCAUUCGGCAAAACUAGAAAUCAAAAUAAAAACAUUUGAACGAUCCCGGGAGAAUCGGAAUGUUAGUCCCGGUUCCCAUUGAUGCUCGAGACUCGAUGCCCAACCCUAGUCGUGUAGGGGGUAUGGUGGUAUUUGCAUCAUAUUUGCAGCCUUUAUUUUAAAGAAGACAAAGAUUAUUAUUAUUGUUAGGAUGAUGAGCAUUUUUUUGUCAUGAAUUACACCCAACAAAAUUAAUAAUCUGAGUUUUUGAGAAGAAAGUGGUAAAUUUACAAGAAGAAAGUCGUAAAUUAACAAGAAAAAAAAGUCGCAAUAUUACGAGAAGAAAGUCAUAAACUUACGACUUUGUCCUUUAGUCUAAGUUUACAAGAAUAAAGUCGUAAUUUAACAUGUCCGAGGGAAAACGGAGCAUCGCUCUUCAGGAAGGAAGGAAACUUUCGUCUUGCUUCAGGCGAGCUUUUAUCCAUAACAUGGCAGCAAAACAGCAGUUGAGCACA